AUGACGGAGAAAGCAUUUGUGAGCAGUCCUAUUGUUAGGGACUCGAGGCUGUUGGUGCCAAAGUCAUCAGCAUUUAAGCCAUACGUAUUACCGUUUUUCCCAUUAUACGCUACCUUUGCUCAACUAUAUUUUCAACAAUAUGAUCGUUACAUCAAGGGACCUGAGUGGACUUUUGUUUAUUUGGGGACACUGGUCUCUUUGAAUAUCCUGGUAAUGUUGAUGCCUGCUUGGAAUGUCAAGAUCAAGGCAAGUUUCAACUACAGUACUACUAAAAAUGUCAAUGAAGCUACUCACAUAAUCGUCUAUACUACCCCAAACAAUGGUUCUGACGAUAUUGUGGAAAUCCAAAGGGUCACCGAAGCAGGGUCUUUGCAAACUUUUUUUCAAUUCCAAAAGAAGAGAUUCUUGUGGCAUGAAGAUGAGCAAGUCUUUUCAUCACCUAAGUUUCUUGUGGAUGAAUCUCCAAAGGUUGGUGAUUUCCAAAAAAGUAAGGGACACUCUGGCGACUUGACUCAUUUGAGAAGACUAUAUGGUGAAAACAGUUUUGAUAUUCCUAUUCCAACUUUUAUGGAAUUGUUUAAGGAACAUGCAGUUGCACCAUUGUUUGUCUUCCAAGUAUUCUGUGUCGCAUUAUGGUUAUUAGAUGAGUUCUGGUAUUACUCUUUGUUCAAUUUGUUCAUGAUUAUUUCCAUGGAAGCUGCUGCAGUAUUCCAAAGAUUGACUGCGUUGAAGGAAUUCAGAACUAUGGGUAUCAAGCCAUACACUAUCAACGUGUUUAGAAAUAAAAAGUGGGUGGCCUUACCAAGUAAUGAAUUGUUACCUAUGGAUUUGGUCUCUGUAACAAGAACUGCUGAAGAUAGCGCGAUGCCAUGUGAUCUGAUCUUGGUUGAUGGUUCUUGUAUUGUCAAUGAAGCAAUGCUUUCAGGUGAAUCUACUCCAUUAUUAAAGGAGUCCAUCAAAUUGCGCCCUAGUGAAGACAGUCUACAAUUGGACGGUGUUGAUAAGAUUGCCGUACUACACGGUGGUACAAAAGCCUUGCAAGUUACUCCUCCUGAACACAAAUCCGAUAUUCCACCACCACCUGAUGGAGGUGCUUUAGCAAUUGUCACUAAAACUGGGUUUGAAACAUCUCAAGGUUCUUUAGUUCGUGUUAUGAUUUAUUCUGCGGAACGUGUUUCUGUUGACAAUAAGGAAGCAUUGAUGUUCAUCCUCUUCUUGUUAAUUUUCGCUGUUGUUGCCUCCUGGUACGUUUGGGUUGAAGGUACAAAAAUGGGUAGAAUUCAAUCUAAAUUGAUUUUAGACUGUAUUUUGAUUAUUACAUCUGUUGUUCCUCCUGAAUUGCCAAUGGAAUUAACCAUGGCCGUUAAUAGUUCCUUAGCUGCCCUUUCCAAAUUUUAUGUCUAUUGUACUGAACCAUUUAGAAUCCCAUUCGCUGGUAGAAUUGAUGUAUGUUGUUUCGACAAGACUGGUACUUUGACAGGCGAAGAUCUUGUUUUUGAAGGUUUAGCUGGUAUUUCUGAAGACGGUGAAAAUAUUCGUCACUUAUAUAGUGCAGCCGAAGCACCAGAAAGUACAAUCCUCGUUAUUGGCGCUGCUCAUGCUCUAGUUAAGCUAGAUGAUGGUGAUGUUGUUGGUGAUCCAAUGGAAAAGGCUACCUUGAAGGCUAUCGGUUGGGCUGUUGAGAAAAAGAAUACCACUUUCAGAGAAGGUACUGGUAAGUUGAAUGUCAUCCGUAGAUUCCAAUUUUCUUCUGCUUUGAAAAGAUCAGCUUCUAUUGCCUCUCACAAUGACACUCUGUUCGCUGCUGUUAAAGGUGCACCUGAAACUAUUCGUGAAAGGCUUUCCAACAUUCCCAAGAACUACGAUGACAUUUACAAGUCUUUUACACGUUCUGGUUCAAGAGUUUUGGCUUUGGCUUCUAAACAAUUACCAAAACUAUCUCAACCUAAAAUUGAAGAAUUGACCCGUGAUGAAGUUGAAUCAGACUUAAUUUUCAAUGGGUUCUUGAUUUUCCACUGUCCCUUGAAAGAGGACGCUAUUGAAACGAUUAAAAUGUUGAAUGAAUCUUCCCAUCGUUCUGUUAUGAUUACCGGUGAUAACCCACUGACUGCAGUUCACGUAGCUAAGGAAGUUGGGAUUGUUUUUGGUGAAACUUUGAUUUUGGAUAGAGCUGGAAAAUCAGACGAUGGCCAAUUGUUGUUCCGUGAUGUUGAAGAAACGAUCACUAUUCCAUUUGAUCCAUCAAAGGAUACUUUUGAUCAUUCUCAAUUAUUUGAUAGAUACGAUAUUGCUGUUACUGGUUAUGCUUUAAGUGCCUUAKACGGACACUCUCAAUUAAGGGACUUGUUACGUCACGCUUGGGUCUAUGCACGUGUAUCACCAUCUCAAAAGGAAUUCUUGUUGAAUACACUUAAGGAUAUGGGAUAUCAAACCCUUAUGUGUGGUGAUGGUACUAACGAUGUUGGUGCCUUGAAACAAGCUCACGUUGGUAUUGCAUUGUUAAACGGUACUGAAGAAGGCUUGAAUAAGUUGGGUGAACAACGUAGAAUGGAAACUAUGAAAAUGAUGUACAUCAAACAAACUGAAUUCAUGGCUAGAUGGAACCAACCACAGCCACCUGUUCCUGAACUUAUUGCCCACUUAUUCCCUCCUGGUCCAAAGAAUCCUCAUUAUUUGAAAACUUUAGAAAGUAAAGGUACUAUUAUUACUCCAGAAAUGAGAAAACUAGUUGAAGAAGCGAAUGCUAAACCCGUUGAAGUUAUCAAACCAAACGGAUUAACCGAGAAGAAGCCAACCGAUUUGGCUUCUAUGUUAUUGGAUUCUGCCGGUGAUGCUCAAGGUGAUGAGGCUCCAGCUCUAAAGUUAGGUGAUGCAUCUUGUGCUGCUCCAUUUACCUCUAAACUUGCUAAUGUUUCUGCUGUUACCAAUAUUAUACGUCAAGGUCGUUGUGCUUUAGUCAAUACCAUUCAAAUGUACAAAAUCUUAGCUUUGAAUUGUCUAAUUAGUGCCUAUUCCUUGUCUAUCAUUUAUAUGGCUGGUGUCAAGUUCGGUGAUGGUCAAGCUACUGUUUCUGGUUUAUUGUUGUCAGUCUGUUUCUUGAGUAUUUCCCGUGGUAAGCCUUUACAAAAAUUAUCAAAGCAAAGACCUCAAGCUGGAAUUUUCAAUGUUUAUAUCAUGGGAUCCAUUUUAUCUCAAUUUGCUAUUCACAUUGCUACUUUGGUUUACAUCACAACGGAAAUCUACAAAUUGGAACCUAGAGAGCCACAAGUUGAUCUCGAAAAGCAGUUUGCUCCAUCUCUAUUAAACACAGGUAUUUUCAUUAUUCAAUUGGUGCAACAAGUCUCUACAUUUGCUGUUAACUAUCAAGGUGAACCAUUUAGAGAAAACAUUAGAAGUAACAAGGGUAUGUAUUACGGUUUAAUAGGUGUGACAGGUUUGGCACUUGCAAGUGCAACAGAGUUUUUCCCUGAGCUGAACGAGGCUAUGAAGUUUGUGCCAAUGAGCGACGACUUUAAGAUAAAAUUGACCUUGACACUGCUACUUGAUUUCUUUGGUAGUUGGGGUGCUGAACAAGUCUUCAAAUUCUUCUUUAUGGAUGACAAGCCAUCUGACAUUUCUAUUCAAAAGGUCAAGAUUGCUUCCAAAUGA